GACCUUCCGUUGGACGACAGAUCCGAUGCAAUCAAACUCAGUUACCCUUUCGUGGCAUUCUUCAGUACGGUUCUCGUAGUACUUCGUAUCUGGAAUGACAUUAGGAUCAAGAAGCAAGGGUAUGUCUGCGCUCUCGUUGGAACAACGUUUGGCUAUAUAUCAGCAUGGAUUGGAGCCGGCAAGCAUGCUUGGGACCCGGCUGUCACCAGAGAUGAUCUCACAAAGUACUUGGAGUAUCUCUGGUUUGACCAAUACUUCAACCUGACCGCGAUGGCGGCACUCAAAUUCAGCAUUUGCGCGUUCAUGCUGAAGCUCAACUUCUCGAAGACAUACCGAAUGUUCAUCUGGUUGACAGUCGUUGUUCAUAUCGGGUUGAAUGUUAUUUUCCCAUACAUUAUCUUGUUUGGGGAAUGCGAUCCGAUUGCAAAGCACUGGAAUCCAAAAUUGCCAGGAUACUGCUGGAGUGCUAAACCUCAAAUGACAUCGGGAUACCUCGGUGCUGGUUCGAACAUUGUAUCAGAUCUUUUAUACCCCUGCGCCCCUCAUCUACAUCAGAAAAGCGCAGUUGCCCAGACGAGCGAUGUGGGGCAUACGAGUAGUGUUCUUGCUCGGACUAAUCGCAACUAAUAUCUCCACCGUCAAGCUCUACGAGAUCAAAGCCCUGAACGAAUCCAAGGACGUCGCCUACGAAGGCGUCAACCUCUCGAUUAUCAGUAACAAAAGUGUUUGUCGGCACACUGGCGGCCAGUCUGCCUCCUCUCCGCCUUCUCUUCGAGAACCUGCUCAACAAAAUCCUCCCAGAGAAUGCUACGAGCAAAUCGCACGUGAACAGCUAUGUGCUAUCGGAGUACGGCAUCAACACGAACACGAGAAGAACGAAGCGUGAGGACCAUGAGUCUGAUAACAGCAGCGAGACGACGCCAUCACCACCCGUUGCACAACACAAAAAUGAGGCUGUAGAGCCACACAGAAAAGCUAUUAUCACAGGAUAUUUUGGUGGAGCAUUCUAUAAACCUAUGUGACCAACCUUUCUCAUACAUAUUGCUGCGGAAGCUUAGAGGUGCGGCCGCGGGAGGUAGUUGUGGGAGCUUCCCGGAGUAGGCUUGCAGCAGCA